AUGGAGCCACUUCAAGCUAACGUUGUCGUUUCUCUCACCAGGGAAAGCUUUGAUAACAUCUACCUCGACCUCUCGAAGGAAUCUGGAAAAUGUCGCUUUGCGGAAACGGGUUUUGGAUGGAAGCCUAGUGGUGGUGGCGAUACCUUCACCUUGAACGCUGUUGAGAUUGGUGCUGCACAAUGGAGUCGAGCCUCGAAAGGCUUCGAGGUGAAGAUCCUUCUGCGGCACUCGGGCGUGGUACAGCUUGAUGGCUUCCAACAAGAGGACUUCGAGCGCAUGCAAAAGGUCUUCAAGAAUUGGUACAGCACGAAUCUCGAACACAAGGAACACGCUUUGAGGGGAUGGAAUUGGGGAAAAGGCGAAUUUGGUAAGGCGGAAUUGGCUUUCAAUGUCCAGAACCGACCGGCUUUCGAAAUCCCAUAUUCCGAGAUCUCGAAUACCAAUCUGGCAGGCAAAAAUGAGGUUGCGCUCGAGUUUGCACUGCCGGCAAAUGGUGAUGAUACUGGUACCAAUGGUUCACUUGGUGGUGCACGAGGGAAGGGAAAGAAGGCUGGUGCUGGCAAAGAUCAGUUGGUGGAGAUGCGAUUUUACAUACCAGGUGUCACUACAAAGAAAGAGGCUUUGGAGGGCGAAGAUGCGCCUAGUGAUGCUGAAGAAGCAGAGGAGGAGCAGAACGCUGCCAAUCUCUUCUAUGAUACCCUGAUGGAGAAGGCGGAAAUUGGAGAGGUUGCUGGCGAUACAUUUGCCACUUUCUUGGAUGUCCUACAUCUCACCCCAAGAGGACGUUUUGAUAUUGACAUGUACGAGAACUCCUUCAGAUUACGAGGCAAGACCUACGACUAUAAGAUUCAGUACGAUGUCUUGAAGAAGUUUAUGAUUCUGCCAAAACCUGACGAGUUACACUUCAUGAUCUGUAUUGGUCUCGACCCCCCUCUUCGACAAGGCCAGACCAGAUAUCCAUUCUUGGUCAUGCAAUUUAAGAAGGAUGAAGAGGUUACGAUUGACUUGAACAUGACCGAUGAGUUGAUGAAGGACAAGUACAAUGGAAAGUUGUUGCCUCACUAUGAGCAACCUUUGCAUGAAGUUGUGACACAAGUCUUCCGUGGAUUGACUGGUAAGAAAGUCAACGCGCCAGCCAAAGACUUCUUGAGCCAUCACGGACAGUUUGGUAUUAAGUGCUCCAUCAAGGCUAGUGAAGGAUUCCUUUACUGCCUGGAGAAAGCCUUCAUGUUCGUCCCUAAGCCUGCAACAUUCACUCCAUAUGACAACAUCAAAUCCAUCGUGCUCUCUCGUGUCGGUGGCGCUGUCUCUGCAUCACGAACAUUCGACAUUACAAUCCAACUGAAAGACAGCAAUUUCGAAACUCAGUUCUCGAAUAUUAACCGUGAAGAGCAAAAGCCGCUGGAGGCCUUCUUCAAGGUCAAAGGUCUCAGAGUCAAGAACGAGAUGGACGAGGAUAGCUCUGCUUUACUUGCUGCUGCAUUGAGAGAUCCCGACAUGGCAUCGAGUGAUGAGGAGGUCGUGGCUGCAAGAGCAGAUAGAGGCAGUGCUGAUGAAGACGAUGAGUCGGUGGAUGAGGACUUCAAGACGGACAGCGACAGUGAUGUUGCGGAAGAAUACGACUCAGCUCAUGAGAGUAGCGGAAGUGAUGAUGAGGAAGGUGGCAGCGAUAAAGAAGAAGAGAGGCCAAAGAAGAAAGCGAAGACUGGCUGAGGUGGACAUAUGUGACGAUAUUGGUGGGAAAAGAAAAGCUGCAUUCAUGGCGUUUGGCUGGUGGACCUCCUAACGGCAUGGAAUUCGAUACUUGAUUACAGCCAUAUUUGGCCUAUGAUAAUAGAUGC